CCUCACACGCUCAACGCAGGAUAACCACUUCUUUGCGCUCUCCCCCACAUCAAAAAUGGCACCCAGCACCAAGGCAUCCGGCAAGAAGGCCCAGAAGGUCACGAAGAAGUUCGUCAUCAACUGCAGCCAGCCCGUCAACGACAAGAUCUUCGACAUCCAGGCUUUCGAGAAGUUCCUUCACGACCGCAUCAAGGUCGAGGGCCGCACCGGUAACCUCGGCGAGGUCAUCCAGAUCUCCCAGCAGGGCGAUGGCAAGAUCGAGGUCAUUGCUCACCAGGAGUUCUCCGGCCGCUACCUGAAGUACCUCACCAAGAAGUUCCUCAAGAAGCAGCAGCUCCGUGACUGGCUCCGCGUCGUCUCCACCUCCAAGGGUGUUUACGAGCUCCGCUUCUUCAACGUCGUCAACGACGAGGCUGAGGAUGACGAGGAGUAAGCGCAACGUCUUUGCUGACGGCUCCGCACUACGAUGUCACAAUGGAUGGGUAACGCGAUACCUCGAUUAGGUCCACGACAUGCUCUUUACUGAGCGUGCGGGUCCAGGAGGGGAAAGAGCGGUGAACCACCAGGUAGAUAGCACGGUCAAAUGAAUUGCUGCAUCUACCGCAAAA